AUGCUCUUGGUUACAUGUCUAUUUGUUUAUCUGUCGUUGUUUUGUAGCCUGUGGAGUUCGGUUAAUAUAAUGAAAAAAUUGACCAGUGAAUGGUACGUCCAAAAACCAAGAAUUGGCAUCUUCCACUACCGCUCCUCACAGAUCCAAUUGGCAUUAGUUGAAAUGCCAUCUCGGGUGGUUCUCCAAGGACUUUUGAAGAAGCCAAAUUACUUUUUGCGGAACAGCAGAUAUCCGCUAAAAUCUGGGUUCAAUGGGGCAAAGUUCAUCCUGUACACUGCUGGGAUGAUUGGCGGAGGGUUUGCCGGUUUGUACCUAAUCAACUCCAGAUCGGCGAUUCACGAAUACGUACUGUGUCCUCUGGUGCGGUUUAUGACGCCCGAUGCGGAAAACGGGCACAAGUUGGGAAUCUUUUUGUUGAAGUGGGGACUUACGCCAAAGCUGCUCUUCGACAAAGACGACGAGGUUUUAAAGGUCAAUGUGUUUGGCACAACGAUGAGCAACCCAAUCGGAUGCGCAGCUGGCCUUGAUAAAAACGGGGAAGCCAUUGAUGGGAUUUUACAAGGAGGAUUUGCGUACCACGAAAUCGGGUCUAUAACUCCACUGCCGCAGCCAGGUAACCCUAGACCUAGGUUCUUCAGAUUGCCUCGUGAUGGCGCAGUGAUAAACAGAUAUGGCUUCAACUCCGACGGCCACGAACACGUUUUUGCCAACGUUGCCGCGCGCGUUUCCGAUUAUCUAUACUCGUACUUCUCAAAGAAUGCCAGUAUCGACAAACUGUCUCUAUAUCAAAACAAGCUGCUGGCUAUCAAUCUGGGUAAAAACAAGAAUGGCGACGAGGUCAAAGAUUAUCUGAAAGGUGUGGAGAAGUUCCAGUCGCUAGCCGACGUCUUGGUGAUAAAUGUCUCAUCGCCAAACACGCCGGGUUUAAGAGAUUUGCAAAAUGAGUCUAAAUUGACAGAUCUUUUGAGCCAGGUUGUAGACAAGAGAAACUCCCUCGUCUGUGCCGGCAACGCCUUGGGUGCAACUUCUCACAGGCCACCCAUUUUGGUCAAGAUAGCCCCCGAUUUGACGGCCCCAGAGUUACAAUCCAUCGCUGAAGCUGCCAAAAAAUCCAAAGUGGACGGUAUCAUUGUGUCCAAUACCACGAUCAAGAGACCUGGUACACUCAUUACUGAAGAUGAAACCCUAACACACCAAGUUGGGGGUCUAUCCGGUAAACCUUUGAAAGAGUUUUCUUUGAAGGCUCUGCGGACAAUUUACCAGUACACUCGUGAUUCAGACUUGGUUCUAGUCGGUUGCGGUGGUAUUUCUUCUGCAGAAGACGCGUUGGAGUUCGGCAGAGCCGGCGCCAAUUUCGUGCAGCUCUACACUGCGUUUGCCUACAAGGGCCCCGGCCUUGUGGCCAAGAUCAAAGACGGUGUCACGGAGCAAUUGAAGAAGGAGGGAAAAACCUGGAUGCAAAUAGUGGGCGAAGAUCAGAAGUAG